GAGCGAGCGGAGGGGGCGGGCAACCGCAGCCGCGCCGGGCGGGCGAAGCGCGGUGCGUGUGCGCGGCCCGGCCCCGGCUCAUUAUUCAGCGGCCGAGACUGGAGGGAACGGGAGGCGGCCAGGAACAAAAUUUGGAUGAAGCAAUCUACCUAAGUUGCCGUCAUGAGCAGAAGCAAGCGUGACAACAAUUUCUACAGUGUUGAAAUUGGAGAUUCUACGUUCACUGUAUUGAAACGGUAUCAGAACUUAAAGCCAAUAGGAUCAGGAGCACAAGGAAUAGUAUGUGCAGCUUAUGAUGCCAUCCUUGAGCGAAACGUUGCAAUCAAGAAACUAAGCCGGCCAUUUCAGAAUCAAACCCAUGCUAAAAGAGCCUACAGAGAGCUUGUUCUUAUGAAGUGCGUUAAUCACAAAAAUAUAAUCGGCUUACUGAAUGUGUUCACACCACAAAAAUCCCUGGAAGAAUUUCAAGAUGUCUACAUAGUAAUGGAGCUCAUGGAUGCAAAUCUCUGCCAAGUGAUUCAGAUGGAGCUAGACCAUGAACGAAUGUCCUAUCUCCUUUAUCAGAUGCUGUGUGGCAUCAAACAUCUUCACUCAGCUGGAAUUAUACAUAGGGACUUAAAGCCCAGUAAUAUAGUAGUAAAGUCAGACUGCACUUUGAAGAUUCUUGACUUUGGACUGGCCAGAACUGCAGGAACUAGUUUUAUGAUGACGCCUUAUGUAGUGACUCGUUACUACAGAGCACCAGAGGUCAUCCUAGGGAUGGGAUACAAAGAAAACGUUGACAUUUGGUCAGUUGGGUGCAUCAUGGGAGAAAUGAUCAAAGGUGGUGUUUUAUUUCCUGGUACAGAUCAUAUUGAUCAAUGGAAUAAAGUUAUAGAACAGCUAGGAACACCGUGCCCUGAAUUUAUGAAGAAAUUACAGCCUACAGUUCGAACUUACGUGGAGAACAGACCCAAGUAUGCUGGAUAUAGCUUUGAGAAACUCUUUCCAGAUGUCCUUUUCCCAGCUGAUUCUGAACACAACAAACUUAAAGCAAGUCAAGCAAGGGAUUUGUUAUCAAAAAUGCUGGUUAUAGACGCCUCUAAAAGAAUUUCUGUGGAUGAAGCCCUGCAGCACCCGUACAUCAAUGUUUGGUAUGAUCCGUCAGAAGCCGAAGCUCCUCCACCAAAGAUACCAGAUAAGCAGUUAGAUGAGAGGGAGCACACGAUAGAAGAAUGGAAAGAAUUGAUAUACAAGGAAGUCAUGGACCUGGAGGAAAGAACCAAGAAUGGGGUUAUACGCGGGCAGCCAGCCCCUUUAGGUGCAGCAAUGAUCAAUGGCUCUCAGCAUCCAUCUUCGUCGUCAUCUGUCAAUGAUGUGUCUUCAAUGUCAACAGAUCCAACAUUGGCCUCUGAUACAGACAGCAGUCUAGAAACCUCAGCUGGACCUCUGGGUUGCUGUAGAUGACUACUUGGUCUUUUGGGGGGUGGGAGGGGGUUCCUUUUAGUCAUUAAUAGGGCACCUUUAAAAUUUGGUGGUAUUUUUGAGUGUUUUUUCAAAAAUAAUCAUAGAAUUCAUCAUGAAGUGCUGUAAUUUUAAACUGUAAGUUGUGUUAAAAGCAGCCACUUUUUUUGCUGUAAUUAACUGUAAAAUAUUAAACCUGAUAAUUUUUAUUGUGGUUUUAAAAUCUGCAUAUUUGCUUUACUAUUAUGCUGCUGAUCUUUUUUUACUGAAUUUGUAAGAUUUGUUUUAUCAAAGCACAUAUUAAUGUUGUGGUCAUUACCAUAUCAUGUAUUAUUUAAGAUUUUAUAGGUUUUCAAUUUUUUUUUUAUUAGAAUUUAUUCUGGAUGUUUUGUUCAUGAUAUCCUUCAAAGUUUUAUGCUUGGUCAUGUGCCCAUAUUGAGGUGGAGGGGGAGAGUUUGGUGCAUCCAGCUGUAGGCUCUUUGCAGCGUGCUGCUGUGGUGCUGGCAGUGAACAGUUUGCUCUUUCAUUUUGGCCACUUGCCUAUAAUACUUGAGUAAAAGCAACAAUUAAUGAAUUUUGUUAGAGAAACCGUACACAGUUCUUUGUAAAGUAACUUCAUUGCAAUGGUUUUAUGAUCUUAAGAGAGCAAAGCCUAUCUUAAAGGCUGCAGAAACGUCUAGCCUAACAAAGGGAUGUUAUGUCUUCUGCAGAAUUGUGGCAUGCCAAAUCUCGUGAUCACCAUAAAACAAGAGGAUACUUCAUGAAUAAUACAUUGCAAUGCAAAUAAACUGUUUAUUUCUA